GGUGUUAUAAUAAACUCUCUUCUCUUUGCACAGAGCUCCCUGCUGCAGUGGGGAAAGAGACUCCUGGGGAACAGCACACAGAGAGCCGACAGAGACAGACUGUGCCCACGGUGAACAUAGAGCCUGAGAGAGAGACACCUGGACCCUUAAUAACUGGGGACUCUGCAGGCCAGUUUAAUAAUGCGAGUCCAAAGGAAAUUGCCAAGAGGUUUAUUGAACCGGAUUCUGUCUCUCCUCGUGGGCCCCAAGGGAAUGAACUGGCUGUCUCGGAUGCUGCAGAUGAGAGACCCCGAACGACUCCCACUGGGGGUCACGAGGGAGAGAACGCAGGUCCGUUUGGGGGGGGAGAGCAGGAUCGUCAGGGGGAGCGUCCGCAGAGUGAGAAACCCCAGCGGGGCCCGCGGAGCCAGGGGAGUCCCCUGAUGCCUGGCUCGGAGGGGGUGGACAAAAAUUCAUUGCAGCAGAUACCCCGUUUAUGCCAGUCCACCAAUUCAAAAGAACACCAGCACCUUCACGCCGGAGAGAGACCAUUUGUCUGCGGCCAGUGCGGGGCCAGUUUUAUUUGCCCAAGUGACUUAAAAACCCACCAGCUCGUGCACGCGGGAGAGAAACAGUUCACCAGCGGUCAGUUGUUCACCUGCAGUCGGUGCGACAAGAGCUUUAGUACGCCGAACCUGUUAAGAAGUCACCAAUGCGUUCACGCAGGAGAGAGACCAUUCAGCUGUAGUGAGUGUGGGAAGUCGUUUAAACAUUUAGGAUUCUUAGAGAAGCACGAGCGUCUUCACGCAAGAGAGAGACCGCUGAUCUGUAGUCAGUGUGGGCAGUCGUUUCGUUGUUUAAAAGCCUCCAAAAGGCACGAGCGUCUUCACACGAGAGAGAGACCGUUAAUCUGCGGUCAGUGUGGGAAAUCAUUUAAAUAUUUGGGAAACCUAAGAACUCACGAGCGUCUUCACACAGAAGAGAGACCAUUCAUCUGCAGUCAGUGUGGAAAGUCAUUUCGAUAUUUGGGAAACCUAAAAACCCACGAGCGUCUUCACACAGAGGAGAGACCAUUAAUCUGCAGUCACUGCGGGAGGUCUUUUAAGUAUUUAAAAGCCUUCAAAAAGCAUGAGCUCCUUCACACAGAAGAGAGACCAUUCGCCUGUAGUCCGUGUGGGAAGUCGUUUCAAUAUUUGGGAAGCUUAAAAACGCACGAGCGUCGUCACGCAGAAGAUGGACCAUUAAACUGUAGUCAGUGUGGGAAGUCAUUUAAUUGUUUAAAAGCCUUAAAACAGCACGAGCGCUGUCACACAGAAGAGAGACCAUUCGUCUGUAGUCAAUGUGGGAAGGCAUUUAAAGUUUUAGUAACCUUAAAGAGUCAUGAGCUCCGUCACGCAACAGAGAGACGGUUCAUCUGUAGCCAGUGUGGGAAGGCGUUUCAUUGUUUGGAAAACUUGAGACGCCACGAGCACCUUCACCCUACAGGAGAGAGACCAUUCAUCUGUAGUCAGUGUGGGAAGUCAUUUAAGACCUCAGGAAACUUAGAAGCUCAUGAGCGUCGUCACGCAGAGGACGGACCAUUAAACUGUAGUCAGUGUGGGAAGUCGUUUAAUUGUUUAAAAGCCUUGAAGAGGCACGAGCAUCGUCACACAGAAGAGAGGCCAUUCGUCUGUGGUCAGUGUGGGAAGUCAUUUAAAGUUUUAGGAGCCCUAAAGAGUCAUGAACUCCGUCACGCAACAGAGAGACGGUUCAUCUGUAGCCAGUGUGGGAAGGCGUUUCAUUGUUUGGAAAACCUGAGACGCCACGAGCACCUUCACCCUGGAGGGGAGAGACCAUUCGUCUGUGGCCAGUGUGGGAAGGCAUUUCAUUAUUCAGGAAACUUAAAAAUCCAUGAGCGUAGUCACGCAGAAGACCGGCCAUUAAACUGUAGUCAGUGUGGGAAGUCCUUUAGUUGUUUAAAUGCCUUAAAGAGGCACGAGCGUCGUCACACAGAAGAGAGGCCAUUCGUCUGUAGUCAGUGUGGGAAGUCAUUUAAAGUUUUAGGAGCCCUAAAGAGUCACGAGCUCCAUCUUUCGAUGCUCGACAAGUUUCUCCAGAAGCUCGGAGAGCCAGAAAAUCUCAAAGUCCCAUUCCAGCGGUGA